GGACAUAUGAAUGCUUUAUUAGAUAAUAUUUCACACUCGAAAAACUAUUUCUACACUGUUUUAACUUAUGUCUUUUUCAGAACAUAAAUCGACCAAAUAUUACAUGGAAUAGAGAAGUGUACAAAGAUGGUGGACGUAUCACCGUGUACACAGACAGAAAACCCGAUCUAAUUCGUUAUCACUAUGCCACAACAAUGGGAGGCAGCAGACGGGACUUCCGUUUGGCGGUUGCAGAUCCAAACAACCCAGAUGGAUUUCGCCCACAGCCAGUCAUAUGGAAAGCUGAUGCCGUGAAGAAGAAGAGUGACACAGAAUACACCGUAUAUCAGGGUAAUCCAGUAGUUGGCUGGAAAGCUUUCUUCAUAGAGAUGACAUUUAAAGGUCCAGACGACAGUGAAUUUGAGUUUACCACAGAAACCCAGAUAAUUCCAGACACGUUUGCUGUCCCCGACUGUCAUGGUAUCGAAUGUCGUGGAACACUGGUAUGACGAGUCUCGAUCGGGAUCUUGGUGCGAUGAAAUGCAAUCAGUCAACUAAUUUAUUUUAAACAUUAAUGUGUAACAGUAUAUUGAAUAAAAUCUGAAUAAAAAAAUAGAUAGCUUACUUUUGACUUCAUUUAAAAUAUACAAAGUAUUGCCCUUGAUACUGUAAGACUUUGUUAAUAAAGAAAUGAAAAUUUG